AUGGGUGCCACGGAGCCUGUGGUGGUUGAGAAAGAGAAUGAAACUAUGGCUGGAGCAAAGACGAAGGAAGACUUGGAGAAAGGGGAAGUGGGUGUUGAAGAAGAGAGAAAGGCUCAGAACAAUAAUGAUGUUGGUGAUCAUAAAAGUCAUGAUCAUGAAGAAUCUCAUCUCUCAAGUUUCCACAGGUUGAACCCCACUAACCCUUUGAGAAUUGUGAUCAAUAGUUCCACCAGAGUUGCAACUCCUUCUCCUGCUCAAUCUCAACGUCCUCACACUAACACGCGCUCCACCCCAGCCCCGCAACAAAACCCCCAAGCAGUGACUCUGAAUUCGAGAAAAUAUACCAACAGAAUAUCCUUGUUUAUCUUUGUCAUCCACUUGUUUUUAGCUGUGGCUCUGGUGUGUUUUCUCGUGUUCAAGGGAGUUCAAGGGCUUAUCCAAGAUUCGGAAUCUACCAAGAGGAAAGAGAAAGCCGUGUUAAAGUAUUUCCUUCCCCAAGUGGAGGCUUCAUCUUUUAUGAGCAUAAUCCUUGCAUUUAUCUGGCAAGGGGCGAUACGGAAAUGGCCCACUUUGAUGCUUCAUUUCAUACUUUGGUUUACAUUUGUGAUGUCUCUGGCUGCUGGGGUUCUCCUCAUUUGCUUCCAAAAGCCUGCCACUGAUGGUGUUGGAGUGUGCUUGAUUGCUUUUGCAAUUGGCAAUGGCUUAUAUGCUUGUUGGGUUAGUCAUAGAAUUAAGUUUUGCUGUAAAGUCUUGAGUUUGUCGCUUCAACCUGUGUCCAAAUUCCCUGAUCUUAACAAAUCCACGUAUCAUGUGCUUGGGGCUGGAUUCUUGUGGAUAUCUCUAUGGGUUUUAGCAGUGAUUGGAGCAUUGAACUUCUAUUUUCCUCCUCUAACCAUCAUUGCAUUGGUGCUGAGUUUGAUUUGGAUUAUUGAGGUCAUGAGGAAUGUGGUUAACAUCACUGUUAGUAGGGCUAUUUCCUUGUAUUACCUCAGAGGAAUGCAGUCUAACACCCAAUUUUGUUUUCUGAGAGCCCUCACCCGGAAUCUGGGUAGUGCUUGUUUGGGGUCUCUCUUUGUGCCUACAAUUGAAGCCCUGCGAAUUGUUGCCCGGGGACUGAAUUUGCUUGAAGGAGAAGAUGAAUUCAUGUUUUGUUGUGCUCAUUGUUGUUUAAGAGUCAUGGAAUCCAUUUUCAGAAAUGGCAAUAGCUGGGCCUAUGUACAGAUAGCAGCAUAUGGAAAAGGGUUUGUAAAGGCAUCCCAAGACACCUGGGCCCUCUUUGAGAAGGAAGACAUGGUGUCAAUUGUAGAUGCAGAUAUAACCAGUUCAAUUUGCUUCCUCACAGGAGUGUGCAGUGGCUCUAUUUGUGUCAUUGUUGUGGCUGCUUGGACCCAUAAAGUACACCAAACUUUCACAGCCACCCUAUCCCUCCUUACAUUCCUCAUUGGAUACCUUUUGACUAGGAUUGCCAUGGCAGUGCCACAUGCUUGUGUGAGCUGUUACUAUGUAUGCUAUGCUGAGAAUCCAGACAACAGAUUGUUUGAUAAAACAAUUAAGGAUCGCCAAGCCUUGUUAAAAACUGGCCGUGAUGUGGUUCCAACGCCAAGGGGAUUUAGGAGGUAUACAAGAACUUAA